UCUUCUGGUUGUCACCAGUUUUGACGAAACUCCUCACAUCUGCUUAGCAACUAUCGGCUCUCUAGGCACUCUGUACAGCUCUGUGCUCCACACUGAACUCCACAAGUUAUUUGCCCUUUUUUGAUCUCUAGAAAACAGGUAAAGGAACAUUUGUGUAAGAGUUCAUCAUGUGUACAGGAAAAUGUGCUAAAUGCACCGGCGAUCUUCUGUUUCCACUUGGGCUUUUAGCCAUCGUUGCAAACAUCUUACUGUUCUUUCCCAACGGUGAGGUGUGGAGGACUGAGGAAAUCACAGAAAAUAUCUGGUACUUUCCCGGGGUCGUCGGAGGAGGAAUAUUGGUGUUUCUGCCUGCUUCAGUGAUACGAGCAGCAGGGUUGGAGAGGAGCUGCUGUGCAAACAGAUGGGGGAUGAUGCUGUCUAUGCUGAUGUCUGUAUUGGGUGCAGCUGGAGCGCUGUACUGUAUGAUCAUUUCCGCCGUUGGCUUGCAGGAUGGUCCUCUGUGUGAUACAGGAGACGGGAACUUUAUCUACCCCUUCUUAAACCGGACUACAGAAGAGAGUUACCUGUUUAAUCAGACAAUAUGGAUCGAGUGUGAGAGACCGCAGAAUGUGGUGAUGUGGAACGUGGUUCUGUUUUCAAUUCAGCUAAGCAUCGGUACUGUGGAGGCUGUGCUGUUACUGGCACAGGUAGUUAACGGACUAAUCGGAUGUCUGUGUGGAACAUGCAUGAACAAGAAUCAGCAUGCACCGAUGGAAUGAACACCAACCGGCACACUCCAGUAUGUGGGAUCUGCUCAAUAAUCGAAGCUGCCCACUCCAUGCCAAUAAAAUCUUCACAUUGACAUCAUUUAGAAUUUUUGUGAAUUAUGUUUUUUUUUUUUUUUUUCUAUAAAUGCAACCUUUGUUAGAUAAUGAAACUAUAGAAGAUCAAAAUAACUCGGAGACAUGACAUUCAAAAAUUCUAUGUUUUUUGUUUUUGAUAGCUUUAAUUUGAAAUGCAUCAAAAUAUUGCCUCAAAUAUUUCAAUUUUGACAUAGUUGUGUAGAAGUGACUUUUAAAAUUAUUUGUUAUUAUUUCAAAUAAAAGUGUUUAGCUGUUUCUGUAA